GUCAUCACCUUCGUAAUUCCCAAUUACGUUCAUCCUGACCUCCAACCACCGUCAGCACAUACACCAUGACAAUUUCUCUACAGCUUAACGCGGCGUCUGGAGAGUCCAGCACGCGAAGGGCUCUCUCUGACAUUUCUUUGGCAGUAGCCAAAUCUAAAAAGAUAGUAGUUGUCACCGGAGCAGGUAUUUCAUGUUCAUGUGGCAUUCCGGACUUCCGGUCUUCAGAUGGUCUUUAUUCACUUGUCAAGGAGCGAUACCCAGACAUCGUCCUCAAAGGGCGUGAUCUCUUUGACGCGUCUCUGUUCCGUGACUCUGCGUCUACAUCUGUCUUCUACACUUUUAUAUCACAGCUCAAGCGCUCCAUCGAUGACGCCACUCCCGCUCCUACACACCGAUUCAUUCAAACAUUGGACGCAAAGCACAAACUAGUACGCUCAUACACCCAGAACAUUGAUGGUCUGGAAGAGCGGGUGGGGCUGCGUGGGAGUUCCAGUCAGCAAGCGAGGACAAGUGGGAAGAAAAAGUCGAAGCUAAAAGUCAAGGAAGUAAGGAACGUCCAACUGCAUGGCGACAUCCACCGCGUACGGUGCACUUUUUGCUCUGCCGAAAUGCCUUGUACCGAAGAACAUUUGUACGCAUUCAAGAAUGGCAAAGCUCCAAACUGCCCAGAAUGCGUUUUACGAUCUGAAGCACGAGUUGCUCGUUCUGCACGUGCCCUCAAAAUUGGAACUCUUCGCCCAGCCAUCGUACUUUACGACGAACCACACCCUCUUGGGGAUGACAUAGGCACAAUACAAACUAUGGACAUCGCCCGCAAACCCGAUAUGCUCAUUAUCAUGGGCACUUCACUCAAGGUUCACGGUCUUAAAAAACUCGUCAAAGACUUUGCGAAGGUCGUGCGCGCCACUGGGACUGGAACUACACCUAAUGGUACUCCCAAAGUACAAAAGAGCUGGCAAGGAAAAGUCGUCUUCGUGAAUAAGACUCCACCUGGCAGCGAGUGGUCCGACAUUAUCGACUACCACGUAGCAGGGGAGACCGAUGCAUGGGUCGACAAGGUCUUGGAAGACUGGAAGAAGACGCGACCAUCAGACUGGGAGAUACAACAGACGCUUGAUCACACCGAUGAAUCCAGUGGGUUCAAAGUCGUCAAAGAGGCUGCCACCAAAACGAAGGGCAAAGCUGCACCAAAGCGGAAUCCGAACGUCGAGAAUGUGCCAAUGGAUGAUCCAUUUCCCUCACAACCAGCUUCACCAUCAAAAAAACCCGCCAGUGUUCCGUCAUCGCCAAGCAAGCGGCGACAGUCUGCGUCACACUACUCAGACGUGGAGUCGAGUCCGCGCAAGAGACGCGACAUCGCCAAAAUCGCGGAUGGUAUGGAUAGGUUGGACAUGUCAGAGAGGUGCAUAUUAUUUGCAGAUGCGACGAAUGCAACCAAGAAUGCAGGAGGAGAAGACCUGGUAAUGGGAGAAUUGCAACCCUCGAAAGUAAAGAUACGCCGAGCGAACGCCUCGGUCGUCUCCAAGGAGUGCAAUCCUCGGUCUCGAAAGAUUGCCAAACCAAGACCGGAGGUGUGGGUGGAGAUCGCGAAGAAACCUAGUAUUUCAUAGCCGACUGUAAAUUAAUGUGUGAUAUACCUCUGCGUUGUCGA